GGUGUGACCAUUUUUCAAAUGGUAAAAAAUCCCCGACAAACUUCGAUAACACCAAUGUAUGUAUCGAUGUAUUUCCACCUCUAGCUUCCUGCGAGCACUGCGCGAUUUAUUUUUGUUUUUCUGCUUGGUUCCGUGCUGUUCCUCACUUUAAAUACUCUGCACUGUCAGCCGAUUUAAGGACUUAUCAAUCUAGGAAAUUCCAGAGAAGCCUCCAGCGUUACGAUGCAUUGAAGAGCGUUUGAACAGCAGCGGCGGGCAUCAAGCCCAUUUAAAUUCACCAAAGGCGGCGGCUACUUAAUGUUAUUAAUAGCGGAUGCAGUAUUUUAACUUUCCACGCACGCCCAACAUUAUGCAGAUGAAGUACCUCGAACUCGCGAUCUUGUGGCUGUGGGUGGCAGGAGCAACCGCUAGUUUGCCCAAAUUCAGCACCACAACGCCAGCGACGAGUGCUCAGCAAUCGGAUGUGGAACUGGAGCCCAUCAAUGGGACACUCAAUUACCGGCUGUAUGCCAAGAAGGGCAAGGACGACAAGCCCUGGUUCGAUGGCCUGGACAGCAGGCAGAUCCAGUGCGUCCGUCGAGCCCGUUGCUACGCCACCACGAACGCCACCAACACCUGUUUCGGCUCCAAACUGCCCUACGAGCUGAGCAGCCUCGAUCUCACAGACUUCCACACCGACAAGGAGCUGAACGAGAAGCUGAACGACUACUAUGCCCUUAAGCAUGUGCCUAAAUGCUGGGCGGCCAUACAGCCCUUUCUGUGCGCCGUCUUCAAGCCAAAGUGCGAGAAAAUCAAUGGACAGGACAUGGUCUACCUGCCUUCGUACGAAAUGUGCCGAAUAACCUUGGAACCCUGUCGCAUUCUGUACAAUACCACGUUUUUCCCGAAAUUUCUGCGCUGCAACGAGACUCUCUUUCCGCUGAAAUGCACAAACGGAGCGCGAGGAAUGAAGUUCAAUGGAACUGGUCAGUGUUUGAGUCCUUUGGUGCCGACUGAAACGUCGGCCAGCUAUUAUCCAGGCAUCGAGGGCUGCGGUGUGAGGUGCAAGGAUCCGCUGUAUACCGACGACGAGCACCGGCAAAUCCACAAGCUGAUCGGCUGGGCUGGCAGUUUGUGCCUACUCUCCAACCUCUUUGUGGUGGCCACCUUCCUCAUCGAUUGGAAGAAUGCUAACAAGUAUCCGGCUGUGAUUGUAUUCUACAUAAAUCUGUGCUUCCUAAUUGCCUGCAUUGGCUGGCUGCUGCAGUUUACUUCGGGAUCCAGGGAGGACAUUGUUUGUCGCAAGGAUGGAACGCUCCGCCAUUCGGAGCCCACGGCCGGCGAGAAUCUCUCGUGCAUCGUGAUAUUUGUGCUGGUCUACUAUUUCCUUACCGCUGGAAUGGUUUGGUUUGUGUUCCUCACCUACGCCUGGCAUUGGAGGGCCAUGGGCCACGUCCAGGAUCGCAUCGACAAAAAGGGUUCCUAUUUCCACCUGGUGGCCUGGUCACUGCCUCUGGUUCUAACCAUUACCACGAUGGCUUUCAGUGAGGUCGAUGGCAACAGCAUUGUGGGCAUCUGCUUUGUCGGCUACAUUAAUCAUCCGAUGAGGGCAAGCUUGCUUAUCGGACCGCUCUGCGGUGUGAUCCUCAUUGGUGGCUACUUCAUCACCCGGGGCAUGGUGAUGCUUUUUGGACUGAAGCACUUUGCCAAUGAUAUUAAAUCAACUUCUGCGAGCAACAAAAUCCAUUUGAUCAUCAUGCGAAUGGGAGUCUGUGCGUUGCUCACUUUGGUUUUCAUUCUGGUUGCCAUUGCUUGUCACGUUACGGAGUUUAGGCAUGCAGACGAAUGGGCCCUGAGCUUUAGGCAGUUUAUAAUUUGCAAAAUCUCUUCCGUUUUCGAGGAGAAGAGCUCUUGUCGCAUCGAAAAUCGCCCCAGUGUGGGCGUCCUUCAACUGCAUUUGCUUUGUCUGUUCAGCUCCGGAAUUCUGAUGUCCACCUGGUGCUGGACACCAUCUUCCAUUGAGACUUGGAAGCGGUACAUAAGAAAAAAGUGCGGCAAGGAGGUCGUCGAAGAAGUCAAAAUGCCCAAGCACAAGGUCAUUGCCCAGACGUGGGCCAAGCGCAAGGACUUCGAGGACAAGGGCAGGCUCUCCAUAACGCUCUACAACACCCACACGGAUCCCGUGGGCCUCAACUUCGAUGUGAACGAUCUGAACUCCUCGGAGACGAACGACAUCUCCUCCACCUGGGCUGCAUACCUGCCGCAGUGCGUGAAACGUCGCAUGGCUUUGACGGGAGCAGCGACAGGUAACUCGUCGAGCCAUGGACCGCGAAAAAGUUCCCUGGAUUCGGAGAUAAGCGUGAGUGUUCGUCAUGUUUCCGUUGAAUCUCGCAGGAACUCGGUGGACUCGCAGGUUUCGGUGAAAAUAGCUGAGAUGAAGACCAAAGUGGCAUCCAGAUCAAGGGGUAAGCACGGGGGCGCGUCCAGCAACAAGAGAACUCAGAGGAGGAGGGAUUACAUAGCGGCUGCCACUGGCAGGAGCAACAGGCGAAGGGAGAGUAGUACUUCGGUGGAAUCGCAGGUCAUUGCGCUCAAAAAAACCACUUACCCCAAUGCUAGUCACAAAGUGGGCGUGUUUUCCCAUCACAGCUCCAAAAAGCAACACAACUAUACCAGCUCCAUGAAACGGAGGUCAGCGAACGCUGGUCUGGAUCCCUCCAUCCUGAAUCAAUUCCUGCAAAAGAAUGGCGAGUUUAUAUUCCCAUUCCUUCAAAAUCAAGACAUGAGCUCUAGCUCGGAGGAGGAAAACUCGCGGGCCUCCCUGAAGAUACAGGAUCUCAAUGUGGUUGUGAAGCAGGAGGAGUUCAGCGAGGAUGAUGGUCACGAUGGAGUCAAGAUUAAAGAACUACCAAAUAGCAAGCAAGUGGCUCUGGAGAAUUUCCUCAAGACCAUGAAAAAAUCGAAUGAAUCCAAUGGCGGCAAUCGACAUUCCCGCAACUCCACAAGAAGUCGUCAGUCAAGGAAGUCCCGCAAGAGCCAUCCUAAAACGACUGGUCUAGAGCUGGAUUUCAACAGGGAUUAUGUCCGAAGGAAUCGCUCCAAUAACUCCCUUAGCUGCUCCUCCGAGGAACUGGACGUGGCCUUGGGUCUGGAUUUGGGCAGCCCGCUAAACAGUUCCUAUUCCGGCAUGUCCAUGGGCAAACCUCAGAGCAGGAACAGUAAAACUAGCUGCGAUGUGGGCAUUCAGGCCAAUCCCUUCGAGCUGGUUCCCAGUUAUGGGGACGAGGAACUGCAGCAGGCCAUGCGACUCCUAAACGCUGCCAGCAGACAAAGAAACGAGGUAGCCAACGAGGACGGUGGAGGCACGGAGCUGCAGGCCCUUUUGGGCCAAUCCCAUCGACAUCACAGAGAGCCAUCGUUCAUGAGCGAGUCCGACAAACUGAAAAUGUUGUUGCUGCCCUCAUAAUAGGAAGACUAAGCGGUUAAUUAAUGCAUUUACUUAAGUUUUUGAAACUAUUUUCAAAGGUCCUCCAAGACUGUUUCGGUUUUAUUAGCUCAAAGUCAAUUGUUGUGGAUAACUAGAUGUUUUUGAUAUCUGAUAAAUUUUAAGGUAUUCACUUGAUUCUUAUUUUUUAUAAUGAAUUUUUAUCAUUUCUGUGUCUAACAUAAUUUGCAAAUCAUAAAAUGUAAUGCUAGCAGCUAGGCAAAUUGUUUUAAAAUUCUUUUUAAAAAUUAUAUACCAAUUGAUUUUUUUAUUUUUAAUCUUUCAAUGUUUUUAAUCCGUUAAAAAAUGUUUCUUAAACUUUCUUUCUCCAUUUACCCCUGCUGAAAAAGAGCUACAAGUACUGAAACUUUAUAUAUUCGUAAUUUUUUAUUGAGUCCACAAAAUUAGAAACAGAAGUGAUAUUUUAUAAAAAAAAACUAUUGAUAGAUUAAAAGCUAAUCUUUAAAGAAAUCUGAAAGAAACCGAAAUAGGUCACAUGUAUAUUUUUUAUGCAGCUUACCUAUUAAUUGUUUUAUUGAGCAGAAUAAGCUAAACUACAACUACGAAUUACGAAUACUCAUAGACAUUAAGAUCCGAACAUUAAUUUACAAACUUUUCUUCCCAUCUAGCUAGUAAGCAUUUGAAACUCAGUGUACCUUUGUGAAUUACUGUUUCCUUAAUCCUGGUACUCACGCAAAAAUAAAUGUUCAUUCAUUUUCCUUUUCCGUGAGUACAAAGUUUUAAGCAUUUUAAACAUUUUUCAUGCAAGUUUACAUAGCGAUGUGGUUAUAGUUUCUUCUUAACGGUUUUAUUGAGCAGAAAAACGAAACUACAACUACGAAUUACGAAUUCUCUUAGACAUUAAGCUGCAAGCGUUAUUUUACAAACUCAUCUUCCCAUCUAGCUAGUAAGCGCAUUCGAAUGUCUGUGUACGGUUGUAAAUGACUGUUUUUAAGUGCUCACGCCAAAAUAAAAGAAAUCAGGAAAUAUUUUCCUGAUCAAUUUUCUUUGCCGUGAGUACUGAGCCUUAAAAUAGACCCUAGAUUAUACAUUAAAGUACGAUACAAAUAGCUCUCUUUGGGCAAACAAAUCGUACCUCGAAAAGUGCCUACAAUUUUACAAAAUGUCUCUUAGUAUUAGUCUUGUGUAACCUAAUAAACCGAUUUAAAAUCCUCGA